AUGUUUUGUCAUUGUGUGUUUCCGCACAGUGAGACACUAAGCAGAAGCCUGGGAAACAAUUCUUUCGUCUCUGCAAGCGAUAUUGGAGAUUUAAACCCUGCCAUAAUCUGUGCCAGACAGAGUGAGACUAGACCUGAUGGAGCAGAGUGGCUGGACACUGCAGGUCAAGACAUCGCAGAAGGUUUCUCCACCGCUGCAGGGAAUCGUUUGUUCUACACUCAAAUACAUCUCAAUGGUAUCCAUCUGUUUCGAGGUGGUGUUGAGUUUUCGACGGAACACGAAGGAGUGUAUGCAUGUCAUAUUGAUGAUGAUGGCGGCAACAGACAAGUCCUUUUCAUUGGGAUAUACACAUCAGAGACCUUCCAAAACUCAGGACCUCCUGUGGUAGGGUCACCCGUCUUUUCCCUGCUCGCUCUCCGCACCACCUAUUCCUCUGAGUUUAUCCUCACCUGUCCCUCUUCCUCCCUUCCUCCCCUCUCUGCCACGUGGCUGCGAAACGGUGAGCCAGUGAGUACCGGUGGAGACAAUUUCCAUACCUGGCAUGUUCUGGUGGACCCCUCGACAACUGGCUAUGCCAACAGUCUGAGAGUGAGUGGGAACCUGGCUGGAGAGUACCAGUGUUUUGUGGGGAAUAGUGAGGGGGACGCAAAUGCUUCUGUAUUGGUGCGA